GAAGAGUUAAAUUUAAUAAACUUAAAAUUAUUUAGAAGAGUAAGUAAAUAUUCUUAGAAUUAAUGAUCUAAAAUAAAUUUAUCAGACAAAGGGCGAAUUUAUGUCUUUUUGAAGAAAAAUACUCGUUACCAUGCACCAUCGACAAAGUAGUUAAUCCAGGCGAUAAAAAGAAAACAAGGAAAGUGCAAUGGCCACGUGUAUAUUAGGCUCCCCGUCGUUUAGAAAAAAAAGAGAAUAGAUACAAAAGGAGAAAAAGAGGGGGUCAAAUUUGUAACCCGAACCGUUUAAAGGCAAAGCAUUGUAUGCGAAGUUCCCAAUCCUGUAUGUACAACUCCUCCGCAAUAAAUGUAAAAGGGGAUAUAAUAGUAUAUAACUAUAUAAUAUUAUAUACGCACAAAUCAGAAUACAUAAAUAAAUUUACAAGAUUUUCAUUUCUCAUAUUAGUGAUAGAGAUAGAGAGAGGAGAUCCCAUAAACAAAUAGUUUCGUUUCAGUCUCUACAUAUAUAUAGUAGCCAUUGCCCCAUCGAUUCCUCUCUCACCGCCACCCCCUCUCUUUAGCCCUCUCCCUUUAACCCUUCUCAUACUAUAAUACUUGCAACAAUUGUAACACCUUUCAGAUGAAGGACGAUUGGGUAUCGGCUGCCUUGUCAGACGAUGCAGUGGUGGUGGAGCUGCUUUACCGACUCAAACACCAUCACCACCCAUCUUCUUCAUCGAAAAGUUUGCAUCUGACACUGCCGUUGAAUGGUUGGGGUCGCCAUAAGCCGAGGUCGAAGGCGUCAUCUCUAUCAUCAAUUAAGAAAGCGUAUACCACCACUACCAGAUGUAGCCCCACAACGCCUCUUUCCUGGAGUGGAGGUACUGCUUCACCUAGUGACGGCGGCUAUGAUGAGUCUAGUCGUCCACUAUCUUCCGAUCUAUCAUCCCCCUUCAGAUCUAAGGGCACUUUCACAUGCGAUACAAGUAAUAUUAGCAGCAGCUGCAGCAGCAAAAGAUCAAAAAAGAAGAGGCAGCAGAUAUUAACUCAACUUAAAGAGGAAGAGAACUUGCUACUAAAGGAGAGGGUACAUCUGAAGAGGGAACUAGCAUCCAUUCAUGUGACCCUCAAUGAACAAAGAAUUAAGAGUGAGAACUUGAAGAGAAUCAAGUUUGAUUUGAAUAUACAAUCCUCAAAUGACAUCAUCACUGCAGAAUCAGUGUCCAACCGCUGUAACUUGCUUGAACCAUCAAGAACUGACUGUACUGAUUCACUCUUGUCAAGACACACCAUAGAUGAUGACCUGGCAUCAUUUGAUUCACGUGGGGUAGAAAAUUUGAUGACUGAGAAUCAGAAUAGAGGCUUUUUUCUACCUGAUCUAAAUGCGAUGCCCUCAGAGGAUGAAAUUGGCAUGCCGUGGAACUAGGGGGCCAUAAGGAGAAACAACUAAUGUUGUUGACCUUCUUCCACAAAAAUACUAAGUAGGCUGUGAAUGAUAAUUGUUAGCAACUUCUUGCUUGGGCAGAGGAGCAGUUUGUAAAUUUAAGAUAAAGAUCUUCAGGCUGAGACGAAGUCUCAGAUGCAGUGACUUAAGCAACUCACUAAAUGCCAGUUUUUGACAAGCAAACGAAGCCAUUGAGUCUACGCCGAAGGUUCUUAAGGGUAGUGUAGGAAGAUCUUAACAGCUAAUAUGUAGAAACUUUAGAAAGUUCUUUUGCAGUUUUUUUCCUGAUAGUUAUUGUUCUUACCAUACAUUUUAUUAUCCUGGACAUAAAUGAAUCUUUUAUUCUUUUGUCUAUA